GUCACCACCUCUGAGCAAGCCCGGUGAUACGGCUGUCACUGACUCUUCGCAUUGUUGUCGCUCACUCGGACAACACACACUCAGGUUGUCCAUCUUCAGACCCGGAGAAGACAUCACUAGUAGAACACGUCUACGAUGGGCCUUUCAGGCCGGAAAACGAAGCAGCGCAUUGGCGCAGAUCCCCGAAACCUCACAUGGGCAAACGAUGCGAGCAAGUUCGGCACUUCAUACCUCGAAAAGUUUGGCUGGGCCUCAGGCUCGGGCCUCGGUGUGUCCGGCGAGGGGCGCACCAAUCACAUCUCCGUAUACCAGAAGCUCGACAUGCUCGGUAUUGGCGCGGACCACAAGAAUAACGAGGACGGGACGGCAUGGAAGCAGGGAAAGGACUUUGAGAACCUGUUGCGGAGGCUGAACGCCGAUGCGGGCGAGGAGGGUGCAGCGGAUGUCCCUAAGAUUGACGGCUUCGUGCGGCCGUCCGCACAGGCUGAGGAGAGUGCGCAGGAGCCAGAGGAGGAGGGCGGCGAGGAGGAGGAGAAACCACGGAAGAGGAAGAAGAGGAAGCACGAUCAGGGGGACGACGAUGCCGAGUCGGAGGAUGGUCAGGAGGAGAGACGCAAGAAAAAGAAGGACAAGAAGGAGAAAAAGGAGAAAAAGGACAAGAAAGGGAGAGCGAAGGAGGAGGAGCCCGCUGCCAAGGAGAGCAAGAAAGAGAAAAGGCGCAAGCGCGAAGCCAGCGACGACCAAGAUGCUAUCUCCUCGGGCAAAAGUAGUGUUUCGACCACCGUAGCAGCGGAAGCUAUGGCCGCCGCGAAAGCCCCGGUGGUUGUGCCACGCCCUGUGCGUGCACAUCGCGCCCGUCAUAUUGCAAUGAAAGGAAUGGCAUCCAAGUCUGCUACAGCAAUUGCUGAAAUCCUCGGAGUCUCGUCGUCGCCAUUCGUUGCCACGCCGUCUCUGACUGAUACACCCGAUCCCUCCUCAUCUUCUACCGUUCUCGAUACCCCCGCAUCAGGCCCUGACGCCUCUGCUGUGCCCAAAAUGCAAGACCUGACGACUUCGAGCAAGAGCGUCAUGGACUACUUCCGCGAGAAGCUCGCCGCGAAGAGCAACCGCACGUCUGAGUCCUCGACCCCUGCCGCCGCGGAGACGCCGUCUAGCGAUGACUACGACGAUCGUCCGAGGGGCGGUCUCGGAUUGGGUGCCUCGAGGCCGCGCGUGGAGACGGUUGAGGCGGAGGACUAUACUGACCGCCCGAGAGGCGGCCUCGGCUCGUCCAAGCUCUCGAUGUCGUUCGUACAGUCCUCGACCCAGGUAGCGGUGGAGGAGGCUGGGGAGUGCGAAACGUCUCAGGCACAGCUUGACGAGGACGAGUCACAGCCCAAGCGAAAGUCGAAGAAACGGAAACACAAAGACGCAGGAUGCGAUGCUCCUGCGACCACACCAGACUGCUGUGAGGGCUUCUCGUCUUCUGUGGUCGAACGGAAGAAGAGGGAGAAGGGGAAAGCGCCCUCAUCCAGCGAUGAGGUCCGACCACCGGACUUGGAACCGCAGAAGGAAAAGAAGCGCAAAAAGUCAAUGGACCAGUCGGACGCCGCCGUAGCGGUGGACACACGGAAGAAGCGGAAGAAGAAACACGAGGCAGAGUGAUGGUCAUAGGGGUGUGCGUUGUCUGCUGCUCAGUCAAGGAUGUCUUCCUCUGUGCUCGUAUGUGGUAUGAUGUCACGCCUCACGAUCCAAUUCUUAACAUUUCAGGUUAGGGCGGUGGCAACUUCCCUAAUAUGAAUCAUCUUCCUCCUUCACAUCGUAGUGAGUGAAGAACAGCCGUGGCAGCGCCUUGCACUGGGAUGUCGAUUGGCCGCGAUAUAUA